ACAACUGGAUAGAAGGAAAACAUAAACAGACGCCACGGCCAUUUGUUUUAUAGAGUUCAAGAAACAAGGCAUCAUGACCACCUCAGUGGACGACGGCAGCGAUCUUCAUUGCGUGUACGUCAGCGACGACCAAUACGCCGAUGGUAAAGCCGCCAAAAUCUGGAACCUGUAUAUCGGAUGUAAGCAACAGAGAACAUCCCAGUACAAAGACUGGCUGUGCGGGGUGCUCAAAGACUACGACUGUAGGACAGUCCUAGACGUGGCAUGUGGCACGGGAGUUGACUCGAUCAUGCUGUUGGAGGAAGGAUUCAACGUCACGAGCACAGACGGAAGUGACAAGAUGCUCAAAUAUGCCCUUAGAGAACGCUGGGAGAGACGAAAGGAAACCAUCUUUGACAGUUGGGAAAUUGAAGAGGCUAACUGGCUAACCCUUGCUGACGACAUAGAACAUCUCAAACCGGAAGGAGGAUUCGAUGCUUUAAUCUGUCUCGGAAACUCAUUCGCUCAUCUCCCAGAUGACAGCGGAGAUCUCCGAAACCAAAAAAUUGCACUAAGUCACUUCCGUUCAAUGUUAAAACCUGGGGGAAUUCUCAUCAUAGAUCAUCGUAACUACGACGCUAUUCUGGACAAAGGCAGAGCGCCUGCUAAAAACAUAUACUACAACAGUGAUCACAUCUUGGGCAUCGAGUGCUGCAACGUGUACGUCAAUGGGAAAGCGACGUCAGUGACGUUGGAUUACACGCUAGACGUGUCCAAAGCUUUUGAGAACCAGUCACUGGUGCGAAAACCUAUGAUGGAUUUGGACAAUGAGAAAAUUAACCACAAGUUCCGUUUGUCCUACUACCCUCAUCGCUUGAACGAUUUCUCAACCCUUCUCACCAAAGUCUUCUCCAACGACAGCGUGCACCAUAUUUACGCCGACUUCAAAACGCUGGAGGAGGAGGACCAGCCGGCGUAUUACAUUCACGUCGUGCAGAAGGCAGUUUGACGUUGACGUCACUGACGUUGGAACGACUGUGUGAUUGUGUGUAAUUGGAAUGGAAAUGAGAAUGUAUGGUGUCGAAGAACAUUGGUGAGAAUAAUCGAGAUCCGGAAAUAUUUAUCGUUGUACUCUGCGUUAAUAUUUUGUCUACCCAUGUUCUUCAAAACUUUUCAACCGCCUAUGCAAUCUAUAUUUUGAAAAAUUCUGAAAGAACUGUGGGAUGUAGAGUAAUGGUUUGCACAGAUUUGCGAAGCUUGCAUCUUUAGUGACACAAACAAAUCAUUUUAGCAUCAUUUUGGUCAAUGUAAUUGCAUGCAUAAAUUUCACGUAGAACGGUCUUUAGAGAAAUUUUGAAGAUUUACAGUAGCUGCAUUCGCUCUGUUGUGACUGUAGAUAACCGUUUUCGAUAAAAGCUACAUUGUGGGAACAAUAAAACAUAUUCUGUAUAUGUGCCAGACUUGUUUUAAGAGUUUUGGUGCUUCCUAUGCAUGGCUAGUAACCAUACUGUGUAUAUAUCGUCGACUUAUACACGUAUGCUGUCAUACUGUAAAUAUGUCUCCGACUUAUACAUGUAAACUGCCAUACUGUGUAUGGUCAUGAUGAAUCCUGGGACCACGCAGCUAGGUUGUAGAUUUACUGGUUUCCACGUAUCUGUUAUAUAUUGAAACAAUGUGCAUUCAUGUUACGCCUACAUAUUGACACACUCAGUAUUCAUAUCCAUGACAAUUAAAAUCAUGUGUUUGGGAGGAAUAUAUAAGCACAUUGCAAAACGGAAGUCAUUCUCUGAUGGGAAAUAAAGGUUUGUCGUGACAUCGGCUGUAAAGGUGAUAGAAAUUUUGAGUGAUGGCAUUUUGGGCUUCAGCAUGGUACCAUAAAAGGUGUGAUACGUAUGGAGGGUUGAGGGAUUGUGUAGUGCUAAUAUAAUUGUGGCGUAGUCUCUAUGUAUGCUGUACAAGGUAUACUAUAUUAAGCUUAGAUAUUUAAGUGAGCUAAGCAACAAUGCUUUUAUCGUGUGCAAUGUUAAAUGUGUCGUACAACGGUAUAGUCUGUGAUAACGGAAUAUGAUUUAUUUAUUUACCUUAUUGGUGUUUUACGCAGUGCUCAAGAAUAAUUCACUUACCCGACGGCGACCAGCGUUAUGGUAGGGGAAACUCAUGACCAUCCACAGGUUGCUGUCAGAUCUUCCCACGGCCGGAGAGGAAGCCAGCAUGAGCUGGACUUGAACUCACAGUGGCUACAUUUUUUAGAGGCCCGAGGGUCAUUACGCCGCGAAGCACGCUAUUCAACUGAGCC